GAGCACGCGUCGUGUGAUGCUAGUGAUGCGCACUUCAACUUUGACUUCAACUUAUUCUCAUCAAGGCCAUCUAUAGAAUUCUCAUUCUGAGCGGACUCGCACAGAAAACGAGGGAUCUUGAUUUGGAGAUUGAGAUGGAUCAGCAUGGCAUCCAUGGGUAAGGAAGAAGCUUCAACAGUGGGAAAUGGAAAGUACCAUCAUAUCCAUCAGUGUCUGAACUACUGCCGCUCAUGCGGGCUGCAUCAAUGUCACCAAAAGGACCAAAGUGGUCUCUGGAGGGCUCCGCUGACAGCGACGGGGAAUGGGGUCCGUCACAGAGUGUGAGGAAGUCUCAGAGGCCGAGGAGCUGCACUCCCAUAGAUAGUGGCUCUGAGAGCGACUUUCGGCCAGUUGUGAAGGAGGAGAUAAAGAUUGAAGUCACUUCACCAAGGGUUGAGCGGCCGUCGUCUCCCUCGGUGUCGGACGACGAUCCUUUCUCGGACCUCGCUCUGCAUUCUUUAGUGAAGGAGGAAAAGUACCGACCUCGAUCACCGUCACCGUCUGAGGACUUCAUCGGGUUCACUGAGGUGGACCGGGACAGUGCCUGUUUCAUCUCCAAUGCAAAAAGGAGUCUGUUACUUGGUUGUUCGUCUGCCAUUCGAGACUCUACUGAAGUUUUUGCUGAUAGAGUGUUCAUCAAGAGUCAACGUCUCGUCAUUAACUACCGAGAUGUGGACGGUCUCGAUGAUAGUAACAUAUUUUGUGACGUGUGCUGCCGCGAUUGGGACGGUGAAUGUCCCGUCCAUGGACCGCUAAAGAUCAUACACGAUACCAAGGCACGACCCGGUAUCGGAGAUGUCGACAGGGACGUCAAGACUCUCCCGCCUUCUCUCAGCUCUGGUCCGUCGACAAAUCCAGCGUCUGGCACCGGAGUUUUAGCGGAGAAGGAUCUUCCUGCGCGCCAAAGACUCGGUCCUUACGAGGGUAUCUUGACCACCGAGCAGAGUCAGGCUCGAACCACCGGGUACAGAUGGCAGAUCAAGAAGGGUGACCGGGUACAUCACUCGGUGAAUGCCGAAGACCCGAGCUGCAGCAACUGGCUCAGAAGGGUCAACUGUGCCCGCUCCGAGGAAGAACAAAACCUAGUGGCCUUCCAGUACCGGGGCCAGGUAUACUUCAGGACGUCAAAGCCCGUUCCGCGGGGCUCUGAGCUGCUGGUGUACUACGGAGACGACUCGGCCCGGGAACUGACCGUCCACUCGGAGACGUCUGAGAAAUCUGUGACUUCCUCUCCGGCCGGACCUUCAUCUUCAGGUAUCAGUGGCUCGGUCCAAUGUCCCCACUGCGGCUUCAGAUGUGUGGGACAACAUUAUCUGGACAGACACGUGAAGAAAAGUCACAGUCGCAUCGGGAAGAACGGGAGAUUCAAGUGCGAGCAGUGUCAAUACUCGACCGACAGGCCCGACUGUAUGAAAAACCACCGCAGAACUCACACAGGGGAACGGUCAUACGGCUGCUCCAUCUGUACGGCACGGUUCACUGAGCGGUCAAACCUCAACAGACACAUGCGGACUCACACUGGGGAGCGGCCGCACAGCUGCUCUAUCUGCAUGGCACGGUUCACUCGAUGGUCAUACCUCACCGAACACAUGCUGACUCACACUGGGGAGCGGCCGUACGGCUGCUCCAUCUGCAAGGCACGGUUCUCUAGGCGGUCAAACCUCAUCAAACACAUGCGGACCCACACGGGAGAGCGGCCAUACGGCUGCUCUAUCUGUACGGCACGGUUCUCUGUUCGAGCAAGCCUAAACAACCACAUGCGGAUUCACACUAGGGAGCGGCCAUACGGCUGCUCCAUCUGCACGGCCCGGUUCACUGAACGGUCCACCUUCACCAGACACGUGCGAACCCACACUGGGGAGCGCCCAUACGGCUGCUCUAUCUGUACGGCACGGUUCUCUGUUCGAGCAAGCCUAAACAACCACAUGCGGAUUCACACUAGGGAGCGGCCAUACGGCUGUUCACAUUGCCAUGCUCGGUUCGCUGAACGGGGAAACCUCAAGGCACACAUGCGGACCCACACUGGUGAGCGGCCGUACGGCUGCUCCAUCUGCAAGGCACGGUUUACUCAAGGGGCAAAUCUCACCUCACACAUGCGUACCCACACUGGGGAGCGGCCGUACGGCUGCUCACACUGCCAGGCCCGGUUCACUAGGCGGUCACACCUUAACGAACACAUGCGAACCCACACGGGGGAGCGGCUGCACGGCUGCUCCAUCUGCAAGGCACGGUUCACUAAUUGGUCACACCUUAACGAACACAUGCGGACUCACACUGGGGAGCGGCCAUACGGCUGCUCACACUGCCAGGCCCGGUUCGCUAACCAGUCACACCUCACCGGACACAUGCGGACCCACACUGGGGAGAGGCCGUACGGCUGCUCCAUCUGCACGGCACAGUUCACUAAACGGUCAAACCUCAACAACCACAUGCGGACCCACACUGGGGAGAGGCCGUACGGCUGCUCCAUCUGCCCGGCACGGUUCACUGCUCGAUCAAGUCUUAUCAACCACAUGCGUACCCAUACGGGGGAGAGGCCGUACGGCUGCUCACACUGCCAGGCUCGGUUCGAUCAACGGGCAAAGCUUAUCAGACACAUGCGGACCCACACGGGGGAGCGGCCGUACGACUGCUCACACUGCCAGGCCCGGUUCGCUCAACGGGCAAAGCUUAUCAGACACAUGCGGACCCACGUGAAGAGCGGCCGCACGGCUGCCACUACUGUCUAACGGUUCAGCAGUUUGAUGCAAAAACUCGAUUUUAACUGGUGCACAGUUUUGAUAAUUACACAGGCUUGACUGAUGCGGUAAAUGGCUUGAUUGGAGAAAUGCAAUGCUGAAAUAUGCCGACAAGUGCAUGACCGGCUGCCGUCAUACGUUUGAUAUAUUAUAUUAUUAGUGUUAUACAUCUUUUAACGCCCAAUUUAGGGCGGCAGUGCGCACAUUUCAGUAAUAGUGCGGGCGAUUCCGACAGUAUGCUAUGGUCUGGGCGAUUUGUCGCAAUCGGUUGCACUAUUACUGAGCUGCGUGCACUAUGUCUAUAUUUAGCCGUAAAAAGGUGUAGCUGUGGUUCUCGUUUGUGAGCUUCUUGGCUACCCGUGUGAGUGUCACAUCUUGUUUCUUUAUGUUAACACACGGUGAUUCAGUAGUUGUGUUCUAAACUAUCCGCCUCCACAUAGGAGUUAAGGAGUGUCGCUGUUUGGUACAGUGUCGUAGCGCUGUAAUUUGUGAAUAAUGUCCAGCUACGUUGAGGGACAAUACAUUCUUCGUGACCACCA